UAAGGUCCUGGCAGCCUCCUUCUCUCUGCUCCUCAACCACAAAAACAUCUGCAGCAAUGGAUGGAGCCUGGGUCUACCUGGUGACAGGAGGAUGUGGGUUUGUGGGGGAAAGGAUCGUGGAGCUCCUGUCUCAACAAGACUACAUCAAAGAAGUCAGAGUUUUUGAUUCAGUAGCAAGAGAAGAAGUAGAAAAACUCAGCACAGCUCGCACUCGUGUGACAGUGAUGAGAGGGGACAUCCGCGAGCCCGGCGCGCUCCUGGCUGCCAUGAGGGGGGUGCACGUGGUGCUGCACACAGCUGCUGUGGUGGACUACAGGGGCACGGUGCCCUUCUGGGAGAUGAGAGAUGUCAACGUCGGGGGAACUGAAAAUGUGGUAAAGGCCUGCUGUGCCCUGAGCAUCCCAUACCUGCUCUACACCAGCUCCAUUGCUGCUGUGGGACCCAACACCUCCUGUGAGCCCCUGCUCAGAGGAAAUGAGGACACUCAGUACACUGGGGAAGUGGAGCUGCCCUAUGGGAAGACAAAAGCCAUGGCAGAAAAAAUUGUGCUUGAAGUCAAUGGAGCAAAGCUGAGCAAUGGUGGCACACUCAGAACCUGCAUCCUCCGUGCCAACACUGUGUAUGGGGAGAAGGCAGGGUUCCUGCAGGAGCUGUACUUGCUUGCCAGAGCCAGGAGUGGUGUUCUGAACUACCUGGAGCCUGAGGAUACCGAGAGGAAUCACACCUAUGUGGGGAAUGUGGCUUGGAUGCAUGUCCUUGCAGCAAGGCACCUGCAGCUGAAGGCAGAGCUGCUGGCAGGACAGGUGUAUUACUGCUAUGAUGACACCCCAAGCAGGAAGGGUUUCCUGGUCAGGCACCAGCUGCUGUCCAGUGCAGACCCCUCGGUGAUGCUGGGCUCUCACAUCCCCUACUGGAAGAUGUGGUUGAUGAUACAACUGCACAGGAUCAUCAGGGUCAUCCUGUUCCCUGUCUGGAGGCCACAGCCUUUCCUCAACGUGCCCCUGCUGAACACCAUAGUCACCACCUUCUCCUUUGAGACAGACAAGGCCUCCAGGCAUUUUGGGUACAAGCCCCUCUUCACGUGGCAGGAGAGCAGGCUCAGGACUGCAAAGUGGCUGAAAGCAGUUGCAGGGAGCCUGGGACCCCCCCAGCUGCAUGAAAAGAAGAACUGAACAGCACUUUUGGGGUAAGGAGGUUGCUUAUCACAGCAGCAGGUUUCAUCUGAAUUCACAGAAUCCCUGGGUUGGAAGAGACCUUCAAGAUCAUCGAGUCCAACUCAGCCCCAACACCUCAACCAAACCCUGGCACCCAGUGCUACAUCCAGGCUUUGUUGAACACACCCAGGGAUGGGGACUCCACCACCUCCCUGGGCAGGUCAUUCCAGAACUUUAUCACUCUCUGUGAAAAACUUUUUCCUAACAUCCAACCUAUAUUUCCCUUGGCACAGGGAAGGGAGCUUCACAACCUGCACAGACCUUUGGCAGGAGCUAUGCAGACGUGGAAAUCCUGGUACAGAAGCAGAGAGGGAGAAAAACUCACAGGCUGCAAGCUGUGAAACCCUUCCAUGCCAAAAUCUCAGCUAUUUUGUGUCUCAUGGGAAUUUGGAACCUUCCCUGCACACACACAGGGCUUGCUGGCCUCCCUCAUUGCCAUGGUCACUGCACAGGGACUUGUGGGAACAAGAGGGAACAAGCUCAGCUGGGAGAUGGUGCCCAGAAAACACCUUUGUGGUAAAAUCAGUGAACCAGUUUUGUUCCACAGCCUGGGAGCCAUGGUCUUGGACAUUUGGUGGGGUGGCUGUACCUGGCUCAGACACUGAAAGGCUCUUCAGUGAUAAUUUUGGGGAGGACAAGUAAAACCCAGCAAGUUCUUGCUCUGAUUUAGGGUUUAAUAAAAAGAAAAAAAUAAUUCCCUUUCCCAAAACUGCCUUUUGCAAGAUGCUUCCUGUUACUCUUUACAUGUGGGAUAUUGAAUAUCUAUUUUGAAAUAUUUUCCCUCUAAAAGAAAAGCCCCUGAUCUUUACUCCUAACAAGGCAUAGGCUGAUUUACCUUUAAUUGUAUGGACAGAGACGUGAUGUCUACAAGCUUAAAGGUGAGAUUCACAUAGUUUGUAACUCCAACUCUCUUACCACAGAGCUCUCCAAUGGCAAAACAAAGCAGAUUAAAGCUCAUGUUCAGCUGCUGUGCUGGCAGAAAGCAACUUCAAGUGAAGGCCUUAGGGGCUGCAUUUAUGCUAAAUAACGUUUGAACUCCAGGAGGAAGAGGUCAUUUCAGCUCCUUGCAUGGCACUGGAGCUGCACAGCCCAUCUGGGAGCAGCAUUUCACAGAUGAUAUUUUCCUCACACAGAUGGGGCGGGCACUUCCAGGAGAUUCACAGCAAAACUGUGGUUUCUAUCAGUUUAUCAGCUUCUCUAUUUUUAAGACUUGCAGAGAGGCUGGUAAAUCUACAUUAUGCACAACUGAGAUGUCAGUUUUCACUUGAGCUUGGAGGAAUGGGAUAUUUUUACAAUACUGGCUCGAAUUGAAAAUAAACACU